AUGUCAAAGAGAAAAGACACAUUCACUGUUUUAGAGGACCAUCCUGGACAGGAACCACAACAAACUUUUUUAACUCGUCAUAUUUCUAGGAAAAGUGAGAAUACUGAAUAUAUUUCACCUUUCAGAAAUCCACAAGACACUGUAAGGAGCAACUAUGCUAAAUCUUUGAAGGAAAAAAAGUUUCCUACCACAAGUGCAACAUCAAAUUUUAAUAAGAUGGUCCCUGGAGAAAUGGGAUAUUCAUCUCUCGCAAAGAAUGACAAGAGAGCCAAAGAUAUUCAAUUCCCUAAAUACUUGCUCGACAACGAAAAAAGACAAGCACAAUUGCUAAUGGAAUUACAAAUAAAAGAACAUAAAUUGCACGAAUUGCAGAAGUCUUCGAGAGUGCUAGUCUUGGAUGAGGAUAAGAACGAGUUAGUUCUUGAAGAAAGCUCGUCAAGUGAUGAAGAGGAGGAAAGUGAAGAGGAUGAUGAUGAUGGAGACGAAGGGGAAGAUGAAGACGGAGAUGAAUCCGUAGAGGAAGAAAAAUAUGUAGAGGAAGAAGAAGAUAACAAUGCAGAAGAGAAUAUAAGCGAGAAAAUAGAAAGCAUUAUAGGUGAAUUGGAUUCACAGAAUGAAAAUGUUUCCAAAAAUGCAGAAAUUCUAGAAGAGCAGAGCAAUGUCGUCGAUACAGAAGCUUCCCAACAUGAGUCUAAAGGAGAAAGUUUGGAUGAAGAGGAAGAAGAGGAAGAUACUGAGCAAGAUGCUGUCGGUCCAAUAGAUCCAUCCAUUGUUCCGAUGGUUAGAAUUCCACCAAUUUGCACAGAUUUAUUAAGUGCACCAAAGACCAAUGCAACCUUUUCCAUCAAGAGUCUAAUUUCGGGAGCUAAGGGUUCCAAUAAAACUGCGAAAGCCGGUGCAUCAAACAUGACCCUUGGUGUGGCAGUUCCAGAAACUCAUGCUGUUGCUAGUCCAGAAAAUCCAGAAUAUCUAGUGAGAACAAAUGAAUAUAACAUUGUGUCCAAGGCAGUAUAUGACCAAAUGAACUACGAGCAAAAGCUUCACAGUGAAUGGUUAAAGAACUUCAAUGCUGCAGAAGACGAGAAAUAUAAUACUAAAAAACAAGAAUAUGAAGAUAAAUUAGUUGAAUUACAAAAGCAGCUGGAUGAUAUAGAAGAGAAAAAGAAAAUUUCUAAUAUGAAAAAACAGCAAAAAAUUGAAAUUAUGGAAUAUCAGCUUGUUAAAAAUGUCUUAGACGUUCAGAGUAAGUACAAUGUUGAUAAAGGUAAAGUUAUUAAGGAGACCGAAUUGAUGAAAUUGCAGAAAAUAAAUGCCAAAGAGGAUUUAUUAGCUAAGCAAUUAGAUGUCAAGAAUGAGAUUGAAAAAUUGAAUAAUGAGAAGGAAGCGAUUACUAAUGAAUACAAUAUUUGGAAUGGUAACUUAGAGAACCUAACAACAUUAUUAGAUGAAAAGAUUGCCAAAAUUGAAGCUAUCAAUGAAAAUAACAUGAGGAUUCAAAAAGACAUUGAAGUGUUACAAGUAAAGAAGUUAAAUCUGGAGAAUGAAAUUAAAGACCACGAGGAAAAGGAUAAACUGAAUAAAGAUGUCUUACAAAAACUUAAUGUUGAAAAGGAUUACCUGCCAAGACUGAAUGAAAUAGACGAGCAAAUUGCUGCAAAGUUUGAUAAAUUAGCCAUUAUCAAGAAUGAAACUAUCUCAGAAAACAAUCAACUAUCUAUUUUAACAAAGAAAUUAGAAGAAGAAAGGAUUGCACAUGAAAAUGAAAUAAAAAUGAAGAAUGAAAAGAUGAAGCGAGAGCAAGAUGAAUUACUACAAAAGAAACUAACCGAAUUACAAGAAAAACAUAAUGAAGAGAUGGCUGAGAUUCAAAAGAAGUAUCAAGAAAAAUAG